UUCAGUGUUUAAGAGAGCCACCGUCUGUCAGCCAGAGAAUUGUGUGUGUGAGUGUGUGUGUGUGUGAGAGAGAGAGAGAGAGAGAGAGAGAGAGAGUGUGUGUGUGUGUGUGUGUGUGUGUGUGUGUAUGUGGAUGUUUUGAAGAGUGAAAAACGGACAACAGACGACAGUGUUCUGCCAUUAUCUGACUUGGACUCCCAUCUGUUUUUAAACCCUCUCCAGGACUGUGGGGCUCUGCUGCCGAGUUGCCGGCCGGCUUUUUGUGUGAGCUGGCCAGACGGACUGAGGCUGAACACACGAGUUGAACGGACAUCGCAUCUGGGAACCUAAAGGCUGUCGUGUUGCCGGGAUCGUUGCCGGCUGAUCUACCCGACCUCUAUUUGGGAUAAGGCGCUCCCAUCAGAUCAGCUGCGCUGUGGCUGACCCCGAUCCGCAGCCUCAACCCCCUUCUGGGUCACUGCUGAGCUAACAGCGGUGGUCUGGCCGGACCCGAUGUGGAAUUUGACCCCGACUGACCCUGUCCCACAAGUAGCCUUUCACUGAGCCGGGACUCGGAAAAUAGGAAGGAUAAAAGAGCGAGAGGGGCGACGGGGAAGAAAGGAGGAAGAGAGGGGAGAGAAGUGAGAGCAGCAGCACCACAGUGACCGCUACUCAAGCAUGCCGGUAGAGACGCUGCGGCCUUCAGAUGGCCGCCUGGCCGGAGUUCCCUUCACUUCUGCCAUGCCCUUCAGGAUACUUAACAAGGGCCCAGAUUACUUCCGUCGACAGGCUCAGCCCGGGGCACGUAAACUUAGUGCGGUGGAGCGCCUGGAGGCCGACAAGGCAAAGUACGUCAAGAGUCAGCAGGUGGCCCUCACCCGUCAGGCUCCCAUCAAAGCACCAAUCAUCCGCAAGCCCCUCGUUCCUCCGGGGAUGAUGCUCCAUUGCCAGAUCAGCAACCCUCCGGCCCGCAAAGUUCCCCGCUGCCCAAAUGACGUGGAGAAUCGGGGAGGAAGAGAGGGAGCUGAAGGGAGAAAAGGACCUGCUCUUAACUUGGAUAUUCUGAAUAAUCUAAUCAAUGAUGUAUGUGACGGACCGGUGCCCUGUUCCCAGUUGUCUUCAUCUACCUCCCCCUCCUCGUCAUCUCCGUCAUCGGGGGCUAAGAGCAUCGGCAGUAGCCUGUCAGCAGAACAGGAGAGGAGCAGCCGACUCCUCAAUAACCUGAAACCUUUGAAUCAUGGCACCACCAACUCAUCAACUGCCUCCUCCUGCACUUCCUCUCCGCUCAGUAACAACCUCCGGACCCCUGCAGGAGAACUCACCCGGCGUCCACCCCCUGUUCCAGCACGAGCACCACGCAUUAUGGUUCCAGCGCCCUAUAGCUCCCCUAACUCAGUGACAGUCCGCAGGGUGGAUGUUCGGCCUCAGGCUGAGAUAAGAAAGCCUCAGAGGGCCCAGCUGCAGCCCCAGCUCAGGCCCAGACAGACUCCACAGGGCCAAGUUCCACACCCCCAGGUCCCGCCUCCACCACCUCCUGCACCCCCACACAACCAACCUCACCCUCAACAGAACACCCCCUCCCAAGCUCUGCCCUCCCCUCCAGCCUACCUGCCGCCCAGUCCCAUGCUGGUGCGAGCGGGCAUGAUCCCGCCAGCCUCCCCCGCUUUCACCCGCAUAUCCAACGCCAGCUCCAAGGGGUCUGCCCGUAAGCACCCAUCCUUGCACCGCUCCAAAUCGGACCUGAGCGACCGCUACUCCCGCGCAACAGCCGACCUGGAGCGGUUCUUCAACUACUGCGGGCUGGACCCGGAGGAGGUGGAGGGGUUGGGCGGAGUGGAGCGCUUCACAAAAGCCAACUCGGACAUUGUGUCCAUCUCCAAGCUCCGCAGCGUCAGCACGCCGAGCUCAGAGUGCGGAGACGAGGCGGAGCGGGCGAGGGACAACGAGGAUGACGAGGACGGACCUGCUGGGGCCAAUGAACGGGUUCCCUACGGCAUCUCCGUCAUCGAGCGGAACGCUCGGGUCAUAAAGUGGCUAUAUGGUAUUCGCCAGGCACGAGACACUAACAGCAUUGUCUCCAACGUAUAGAACUAUGUGGAAAAAACAGGGAAGCAGACCUUUUUGUACGUAUGUACAUGUCUUUUUAUCUGGGCUGCGAGUCAGGAAGAUACAUUUCCCUUUUCCUUCACUUGAUCUUGUAUAGCAAUACUGGUAUAAGGAAGCAAUAAUAGACUGUUAUAAAUGAUGAUGUUGAGGAAGAAGACAGAUGAUGUUUGCAAAUGUUUUUCCUCAUUUAAAGGUACUUAGUUUGUGUUUGUGUGUGUGUGCGUGUGUGUGUGCGUCUGCGUGUGUGGGUGCGUGCAUGCGGUUUGUGCGUGCAGUUCGUGUGUGUGUGUGUGUGUAGCAGAGAGCUUUGCAGCAAAAAGCCGAACUGGAAAUUGGCCACACACAGUGUGUUGACUGGCGAGCAAGCGCCAGGAAGCGAACAAUGUUGAUACUGUGAAACGUCACAACAAAAGCUUCCCUAAACUAUUUUUUUUAAACAAACCCUUUUGGCUGUUAGGCUGUUAUUAUUAUAAGACAAUUUUUUGUCCGCAUGUGAGUAAAACGUUUGUUCACAAUUUUUACUUUAAGGGAAAGUCAUCUCAACAAAAAGCACACACACAUUACUCUCACACAGGCAAUCCCGCACAGAUGUACAUUCAGGUCAUUUACAGUAAACCUAGUACAGCUCGCGGCAUCUGUAUGUCUGAGUGCAACAUUUCUCUUGACACGUGUUUGCAUCGGAAAACAUGGUUUUCGUGUCUUGGGUCACACUGCGCUGGUGCUGUUUACUGCGUACUAUAUGUCUUGGCACGGUUGAGCGAGAAAGUCAGGUGAUGAGGGAUGAUCUCAUCAGUGGAUGGUUGAAGUAAGUGUAGCAUGAGGAGUUAUUUUGCCUCAAGAGAAAUAAUCAAAGGGCGGGUGAAAGGAAGAGUAUCAAGAGAUAUCUACGGUGUAUUAAUAUCUCUGUUGUUCUGUAAGUGUCUCAGGAAGAUGUAUUUGAUAUACUAAUGAAAAAAGGACCAAUAUUUAUUUGGAAAAUGUAAUUUAAUGUAUUUUUUACUAUUUGAUUAGUGUACAGAAUUCAGUCUUUUUGUGCUCUGAAGUGCAAUCUCAUCACGUCUACUACAGCUACAGUGCAGUUUAUGUAGGAUCAGAUUUUUCAAGCUAAUGCAGGCACCAGUCCCAAGUGUGAAUGUUGUCUACGGGGGGGGCUACGUGUAACUUGUGCCCUAUGGGGAGCACGACAGGAAGUGAGGUUGUCGUGUGUUUAUUUGACUUCCUCGUUGUAGCGCUGGAAGCAAGAGAGGAGGUCUGGCUCCCCCUGUGCAAGCUCUCCACCCUCUGUGUCCAGCUUCUUGGAGCUGUUCCAGCCAGGUUUCCCUCUUGCAACCUGCAGCAGCAGCCGCAUCCGAGCGCUGGAGAACGUGGCAGCAGCAGCAGCAGCAGCAGCAGUGACAGUGAAUUAAGUGUGCUGUUGAAUCUGGCACUGGAUUCCCAAAGAGUCUACAAGUGAAGAAAGUGCUUUACCAUGGUUGUAUUCUAAACAGUUAAUAAAAAAAAAGUUAAUGUUAGCUGUUUUCUUUUUCUUCUUCAUCUUUGACGUUGACUGUAAAUAUGAUGGUCGACCCACAUGGUUUCAGUGCAAGGCAGCAAACAGUCGCUCCUCAGCUUUCCACAGUGUUUUUGUUGUUGGGAUCGUCUGAACUCCGGUCCAGUUCGGCACAGGCAGAUGUUUGGUCUAAUCUCAUUUCAACAUCAAUAAUUGACGCGCAGCCCUUUUCGGCAAGCUCCCCUGGAUCAUUUUUGUUUACUUUGAUAGUGUUCUACAUCAUCUGAGAUGACGAAAUGUGUGCACACACACAAUCUCUCACUCCAGUCUUGGACUCGCAGUCCAUAAUUAAGUCUCCACAUGAAAAUGCACAAAUUGUUGUUGUUGUGUGCCACAGUCUGCAGCCUGGUGGGCUGUUGCGACGACCCCACCCUGUUGCAGGGCUCUGGACCCUCUGAACAAAGCAACUGCUCAAUAAAACGCUCCGUUGGAGGGGUGCAGAGUGUGAAAUGAAUGGGUGUAGAAGGGGUCCACACUAAAAACUUAUCCAUUCACUGCAUUGUAAAUUUUGGCCAAAGAAAAUUAUAAUGCUGCUGGAGAGGUCAUCCUUUUCCAAACUCUCUGGAAUUUAAUUUUUACUUAAAUAAAUUAAAAAGAAAAUGGUCUAAAUCAAGGGUUUUCUCUGUCUGAUAGUGUGUGCCUCCUCUCAGAUGCAAAUGUGAUUAUGAUUAGUGAAUUUAAUUAUUUGAUUCCAUUGGCAUUAACCAUGUGAUCAGAGAGCCUGAUGAUCCUGUUUGACUUUACUUCAGACUGCAACAGAUACAUAAAAAUCUGCCCUAAUGCUUUUAUUAGUUGUUGAAUGUGUGUAGAAAAUCAUCACAAUCUCUGAAUUACAGCAUUUCUUCAAGCAAAUCACACACAUUUAGGCUUUUCUACUUGAUCUCUCUCUCCGCCUCCUCGGGGAGGCCUGCCUCCAACUUUGAAAACUUAUAGUUUGAAUCAAAGCAUUACAGGCAGAGAAUCCUGCCUCCUACAUUUCCCAAUAAUACAACCUGUUUGAUGUGUGUCAUCAUAUGACCACAAGAGUACUAAACCACGCCACGCAGACUUGCUCCCGGGAUCAAACAGCACUUCUAAUGUGUGUCAGUUUCUCGUGCCUGACUUAACCAGAGCUUUUCACACAGCAGGACUGUGGCUCCUUCAGUACCUGUGACCACUCACGCAGAAUCCCCACUCACCCCAUCACUGUAAACAUCGUCUCCAGGAUGCGGUGAUUUAACGCUCUCGAUCGACUGGCUUUGAGCGUGUGGGUGGCUGGAGGAUUGGAGAAGUGUGGUGGAGAGCGCACUGUUGAAGUGAUGAAUAUUGCCGCCUGGAGCCUGGGGCUGGCCAUCAUGACAGCCAGCCGCCUGAUCUCCCAGGCAGCUCUGAUAAACGGCCAGCAACACUGAGGGGAGAGGGAGACGAGCUGCAAAGACCAACAGCAGUUUUAAAGGAAGAGGAUUGGAACAGGACGAGACAGGAAGUUAGUGGGGGGAGGUAGAAGUGGGAAGAAGAGAGAGAUAUUGAGGGAAUGAGCUACGAUAAUGUAACUCAACUCUAAUGUGACAGGAGCAAAUAACCUCAAUACGUAUUGAUAUCCUUUAACCUUAACCAUAACCCUUUGUGUAAAUAAAAUGUGUUAUACAUUCUGUCACAUUGUCAUUUUCAAAGGAAACGAUCAUUAGUUAGUUAUCCAGUGGUGCCAUCAGUUUUCAUUUAAUUUUCCUUUGUAAAAAGAUAAUUAAAAUCAUUGUUUUCAUUAUUGAAUUUAGGGCUGCAUAAAGUGGAAAUAAACUUUUUGUUCAAACUUGUCA